GACUCUUAUCGAUGAGUAGCGUAAUGGCUUUGAUUCAUUAUAAAUAAUGUUUUCAGUAAUUUAUCCAAAUAACAUAUUCAGUGGCUGACGCCAUGAAAAACAUAACGCUUUUCAUUUGCCUUAAUGGCGUAUUGUGUUUUUGCAAUGCUACGUCCUCUUCGUUCAAAUGGAGCAAGAGUUACACUCUAAAAGCCGUUCUAACCGUGCCGGCGGCGAACCUCAGCGAACCUUACCAAGUGUGGUUGGAUGGAGACACACGCAAAUCGCGGGUUGAUUUCUACGAUGGAAUGGACAAGUUGUAUAGGCUGUGGGAUGAUGCUGAAGAAAAAUAUUUUUAUUACAAGAUACACCCAGAAACGACUGGUAAUUUUAGAAACAAGGACGUGUGCCAUGAAGUGUCUGCUGAUGCCAGCGAGACGAAAACAUAUGCUAUCAACACUUACCUACCCGUUAAGAAGUUCAAGUACAGCCAUAAUGAAAUAGUAAACAGUAUUAAAGCACAGAAAUGGAUUUAUGAAUACUCUGUGACGCUAGAGCAGAAGAGUGUCAAGAUAGUGUAUGCUGUAUGGGUCACUUUCGAUAACGCAUCUCCCAGCAAAACUGCUACCCCUGUACGAUACGUGUACGAAAUGAAACUAGGAGACAAAUUGUUGGAUAAUUUCCAACACGAUUAUAUCUACUUCGAUGGCAAUAAGCCUGAAGUAUCCCUAUUGCAGAAGCCAUUGGGUCUGCCUUGUGGAGCUCUACGCUAUACAUCUUUUCAUGAACCAAUUGAUCCUUUAGUGGAAUUCAUUGAACCUUUGUUAGAAAGUUCUAGAGUGACAAAAGCCUUUGACGGGUUCAAAACGAAGCACAAUAAAAAGUAUGCAGACGAAAAUGAACACUUCAAAAGGAUGAAUAUAUUCAGAGACAAUUUGCGAUUUAUCAAUUCAUUGAACAGACAGCACAAAUCAUUCUCGGUCGGUGUGAAUCAUUUGACAGAUCUAAAUGAUGAAGAAAUAUCCGUGUUUUUGGGGACUAAACAUACAAAGACGCAUGAUGAACCUGAUGAGGGUAGCGGGGGUUACAAUAAUGAUGAUGACGAUGAUGAAGGCGAUGAUUUUGAAGGGGCUGACAAAAGUACAUUUGACUGGAGAGAUUAUGGCGCCAUUACUCCUGUAAAAGAUCAGACGGCUCUCUGCGGGGCUUGCUACGCGUUCACUUCGGCAGCGGUUAUAGAAUCCACUGCCUACAUCGCUAGGGGAUGCAAGAACUUAGAUGAAAUCAGCGUACAAGCUGUCGUGGACUGUACUUGGGCGUCACCCGAAAAUAAAAAUCAAGGCAAUUUGGGCUGCAGUGGAGGUAGUUACGAGUACACUUUGAAAUGGGUCUCUAAGUGGGGAGUACCACUGGCAUCGGAAUAUGGACCAUAUUUAGCUCAGGAAGGCCGGUGUCACUAUAAGAAUAUGACCAAAUUAGUAGUAAUAGAUGGUUACAGUGAGUUGCAAAAGAAGAAACACAUAAUCAAGAAAUAUAUUAAAACUAUUGGACCCGUGCUGGCUGCCAUCGACUCCAAUUUGAAAUCAUUCACAUUUUACACCGGAGGUAUAUACAAUGAUCCUAGGUGUCGUACGGAAGGUGAUUUCCGUAAUCACGGCGUGAUUCUUGUUGGGUACGGCAAAGAGGAAGACCAGGAGUAUUGGAUCGUGAAGAAUUCAUUUGGAGUUGCUUGGGGGGAGGAUGGGUACAUGCGUAUCGCCACCAAAGACAACGUAUGUGGGGUGAAAAACUUCCCAGUCGGCGUGAAUUUUGUCAAGAACCGCAUUGAAAAUUGUAAGAGUCGUGGUGAAUUUAAACCUGAAAAUGUAAAUGAUCAGAACUGGCUGUAUUUUUAGUCUAUAUUUGACGAAUUAUCCAUACAAUAAUUUGUAAUGAAUACGUUAGGUAUCUAAAUAAAAGGGAAAUAAUGAAACAUCAUGCUAAUAAUUACGGUGACAUGAAAAUAAAAGUUGCAUUAUAGUUCAAUAUCUAACCUGUCAUCCUACUACAAACAAGAUUGAAAUAUUAAAACGGCUUCACAGUACUUAACCUGAUUGUUUAUCAUCCGUCUAGCAAGUUUAUAACCCGUGUAAAUAAUAUAAGCGAAGUAGCUACCUAGUAACGGACAGCGAACCACGAUCGAAAGUUCUGGAAACAGGUGUCUACAACACUGGUCAAAUCGAAUAAUACAGUUCACUGGCUUUGGCUUAGUAACUAGGUACGAUAUCUAUCAAAUUAAUUUUGACAACAUUUCACUCAGCAGAUAUUAUGCCUUUACUAAUUGAAUCAUCAUCAUCACUAAUUUAAGAACAACACUCGUGUCGGUGUAGCAUUCUCCAUGCUACUUUUUUGGGAAAAAUAGGGCAGUUGUUUCCCUCUUGCCACCCCGCGGUACUCUGUCUGAUGCGAGUGGGAUCGCGCCCAGAGUAGUCUGUUUCAAAGCCGUACUAGGAUCCUGUCGUCCGCCUCCGAAUAGUACUGACAGUCACUGCUGCCCUCUGUCAGGUUUCAGGUUACUGUCCCUGUGACUUGUCCCUUUCGUCCUGCAUUGCAGAAACCGAUGGCUCCUAUCUCCGCCUCUGCAACCGCUGAGGUAUUCAACCGUAUCCAUGGGCAAGGGUUCGACGUUACACCCUGGGUCCCUAUCCGAACUCAGCCACCAUCUCACUCUGGCCUACUGAAUUAAGAGACGCCCAGGGUCCACGGCAAGGACGCGCCGAACAGGAAUUACGCCAGUGGAGGGCAGAGAAGACUUUUUCCCCUCUAGGGCCGAGUUGGUCUUGUAUGAAAUCAAAAACAAAGGCAAAUGUUAAUCGAAUAACGUAUGAAAAUAAUAUUUAUUCGUUAUUCGUCGUUUGAAUAUUUUUUGUCCAACUCUGGGUACAACCACAUAUUGCUAAAUAGUUACUACAUAAAUACAACCUUGACUUCUAUAAUGUUUCAUCUGUUAUGAAAGAAUGUGCAGCCAUUCGUAUGUGCAAAUCUAAAAAAAAACAUCCAUUCCUGAACGAGCAAUGAAACUCGUCUGUUUUUAUGAAUUGGACGAAAGCCUUUUACGAAGUCAAAUUCAAACUACAGUCACCAAAACCAAUUUCAUUGGCUGUCCGAUCAAAAAAAAAUAGCCAGUACUGAUUAUUUUAUGUAAGAUAAGCCAGCGAUAAAAAUAUUAAACUCUUUAUAAGUAUA